AUGGGAAAGCGGGACCUGGAGAAGGAGCGACAGAUGGAGCUGGCCGCCAUUUGGGGCGCCGAGACUGAUGGCGACAAUCGCUACCCGCGGCGGCGCAAAGGUGCGGCGAAGCGAUCAACUGCUGCGACCCCUACUGCUGCUCUUUUGCAGACGGAGGGUGCGGGUGAGGUGCUGUCUGACUGGGGUAGUGAUGCCAUCAGCGAGGAUGCAGGGUCCGAUACGCUCGCGACACAAAAGCAGACGAAGAAGGCGGCGAAGAGUAGCAAGAAGGCGUCGAGUGUGUACCGGUUGCACUGCUUCGUUGGGCCUGGAACGGAGCGGAACGCCGUGCGCACUGUGUUCGAAGCAUACGAGCCAAAGGUGGAGGUGCGUACCUCACAGCAGGGCAACCUACUGAACCAGACGCACUAUGCGGUGUUGGCCUUCCGAAAUAAGGCGAUGGCACUGCACGCGGUGAAGGAACUCGAUGGCACCGACCAGCGCGACCUCCUCGGGGUUAAGGAGUUAAAGCUUCGACUCAUGCUCUCCAGGAAGGAGCACAAUGCAGCACGUCAGAAAAUGCGCCGACGCUUGCGUGAGGAGCGUGAAUCACGGCUCAUGGAAGAGGCGAAGGAGGAGGCGGAGUUCAUCAAGGGUUUUGUGGAGAAGUUCGCCCCCGUUGGUCUGGUGCCAAGUGGGGGACGGAGCGAGUAA